AUGCAUGAAGCCGAAUACCGCUCGUUGGAAUUCUUUCAACUCCACACUUCACUCUGCUUCGGAAAGGGUAUCGGGUCAUACAUCCUACAGGCAGCGUACCACGAACCAAUAAUCCGGACUAUUGCAGUAGCAAUUGGCGCGCUUCACAAUUCCUUUGUCUUCCAUGACAAAGGAACAGCAAGUAGUCGUGGAGACACAAGCUUCACCUUACUGCACUAUAAUAAAGCUAUUCGCCAGUUGAUUGCCAUGAACCCCCAAACCACACCCCAGACGAAUGACACGUUCCUGGUUGCUUGCAUAUUAUUUUUCUGCUUUGAAUGUCUUCAAGGCAAUUACCGGUUAGCCAUCCAACAUGCGAUAUCCGGUCUCAAGAUCAUUAAACAACAUCAGAGCCUAGCAACAACGCACAUUGCCCCAAGAUACAUACCUCAAGAAUCAGUCACUCUGCUGUUUGCGAUAUUGGAGAACCAAAUGCUGGAGAUAGAAGGCCAAACACCUUUGUCUUCAGACUUGCGUCCAGAAGUUCUUUCCCCGCCCAAGCCGUCUGUCUCCAAUACUUAUCACCUUCCAUCUUCCACGGAUGAGAUGCGAGCACACUUUGAAUUUCUCUACAACCGAUUUCUUCGCUUUCAAUAUGUAUGUGAGAUGCUGGAAGAUUCAACCGAGGAACGGGCAUUUGAGUUUCUUGCCCAGGCCCAUGAAAUCCAGAGGGAAUAUCUGCUUGUGCGGGUGGAAUUGGAAGCAUGGAUUCGCACCUUUGAUACAUGGAUUAAGACCGUCGGAACAAAGCCUCCCGAGGAAGCAAACAUGAUCACAAUACUGCAAGUCUGGAGAUUGAUCAUGUCCCUUUUCCUCAAGUUGGGUUGGCCUCCUUCUGAAGCCUCAUGGGAUAAUCAUACCGAUCAUUUCUCUCAGAUCAAUUCACUUUUGUCUGAUCUACUUGGCCUACCAACGACUCCCGAUAAGUUAAAUCUCAAAUCAUUCACUGGAAAUGGAACAUCAAUGCCGAGCGAUUCCUCCACUUCCUCCCUUUCUGUUUUCCCACCUCUUCUACCGAAGCCUUCGAGAGUCUUGCCAUCUACGUUCUCUUUGUCGCUUGGGAUUGUGACACCAUUGUAUCUCUGCGCAACACGCUGCCGCGAAUCAUAUGUUCGACAUCGCGCUAUCGAUUUAAUGCUUUCUUGUCAACGAAGAGAGGGAUUGUGGGAUGCCGAGCUUGCAGGGCGCGUUGCGAAACGAGUGGUGCAAAUCGAGGAAAAUGCAGCUGGCAUAGAGCCUGGUGCUGAUUAUACUCCUAUUGAUAUAGAUUAUGAUGCUCGAGUUAGAUCGCUUUCUCCGCAGUAUAGCCAAGGACGGGAAAUGAGGAUAAGAUAUCAUAAGCAGGGCGGAGGUAGUGAGCUCGUUGAGGAAAUUGUCACCUGGUGA